CUACAUACUAGUACAUGUGUACAAUUUCAGUAAUCUACCAACUUUUUGGUGUAAAUUUUCUGAUAUUUUAUUGAAUUUUGAUUCAAAAAAUGUCAAUACUUCUUAGAAAAAUAGCUCCUUCAUUUGGACUCACACAAAGAUUUUUGUGUACCAAAGGUAUUCCCAAAAAUGUCUUAGAAGGUAACCAUACCGGGAGUCAACAACAAGAAAAUGGUACAAUAUUCGACAAAAAACCAUUCAAAAUUACUCUCGAUAAAGAUAAGGUCUAUGGUUGGUGUUUGUGUGGAAAAUCAAAAAGUCAACCCCUUUGUGAUGGAACACACAAGAAUGUUUAUUUGAAAAUCAAAUUAAGGCCAAUUCGAUUUAAAGUAGAAAAGACAGGUGACUAUUGGCUUUGCAAUUGCAAGCAAACUAAACAUAGACCAUUUUGUGAUGGAACUCACAAGCAACCUCAUAUUCAAUCGGCAGUUAAAUAAAAAAGGAUAAUCUUAUCAUUCAUUACCCUUGUUAAUCCAUUUAAAUAAAGUUGUAUCUU